UUCGUUUUGUCAGUAACAAAAACACCCUCCACUCAAAAUAUAUUAACAAAAAUACCCUUCUCCUUAAAGUAAACCACGCGUAGAAUUAGAUAGAUAUCCACUGAUUCCUCUUUCUUUUUAAUUUUUUUCACCCCUUUUAUCUGAUGGAUCAGAGACUGCAAAACACACACGUAAAGCUCUUAGCCUUCGAUCUCCUUUCUCUAGCCCAAACUCCCUCGUUCUCCACCUACGACCCGAUCACCUUCACUCGCAAAAACACUACCAUCUCCCGCACCGAAAUCCUAGGCGUCAUCACCUCCCGCGAGCUAAAACCAAACAAAUUUCUCAAAUUCACAAUUGACGACGGCACUGGCUGCGUCACCUGCGUUCUCUGGCUCAACCAGCUCACCUCUCCUUACUUUUCACGCCGUAAUCCUGCUAAUGUUAAAUUAAUUGCUGACAUGGCUGCUCAUUUUGCAUCGGAGAUUAAAAUCGGACUCGUGGCUAGAGUUCGUGGCAGGAUUGCAGGAUACAGAGGUGCGGUGCAGGUUACGGUGUCUGAUGUUGUGGUCGAGAGGGAUCCUAACGUGGAGGCUUUUCAUUGGUUGGAUUGUAUUAGGUUGGCCCGUAAUUGUUAUAAUGUGGUUGCUGGUGGCGCCUUUUAAUUGCAAAUUACCAAUUAGAAAUGCAAUUAGCGGCGUGCUUUGUGAUUCUGUAUUUGUCGACUGAAAAAAGAAAAAUAAGAGUUUCCAGUUUUCAA